AUGUCCCUUCGCCCCCUGCUGAAAAAGGACCUGCUCGUCCGCUCGAACCAGACGGGCACCAAGACCGACAUGAAAGAGGCCCUGGCGCUGUUCGCGGCCGGCAAGGUCGUGCCGGAGCUCGAGGUCGUGGAGUUGGGCGACAUCAACGGCGCCUUGGACAGGAUCAAGCGCGGGGACGUCAUGGGGAAGUUGGUGGCGGAUUUGAGGGGUUCUAAAUAA